AUGGGGUGUGUCUCCUCCAAGAAGUCCAAACGACCUCCGGGAUAUGUGGAUCCCAAUAUCUUGGCUAAAGAGACUACCUUUUCUGUCAAUGAAGUGGAGGCCCUCUAUGAGCUUUACAAGAAGAUAAGCUAUUCCAUAUUCAAAGAUGGCCUAAUUCACAAGGAGGAGUUCCAGCUUGCUCUCUUCAGGAACAGCAACAAGAAGAAUCUUUUCGCCGAUCGGAUAUUUGAUCUGUUUGAUCUGAAGCGCAAUGGAGUGAUUGAUUUUGAGGAGUUCGUUCGGUCCCUCAGCAUUUUCCACCCAGAUACGCCGAUGGCAGAAAAGAUCGCCUUUGCAUUUCGGCUAUAUGAUCUGAGAGGUACUGGAUCCAUUGAACGCGAAGAGUUGAAGGAAAUGGUGCUGGCCAUUCUGAAUGAAUCAGAAUUACUUCUUUCUGACGACGCUGUCGAACAAAUUGUUGAUCAGGUGUUCGCAAGUAAAAACCCAGCUCUUCUCAAGAACAUGACGCUUCCCUAUCUAAAGGACAUAACCAUGGCGUUUCCCAGCUUUGUUCUCAACUCUGGAGCUAGUGAUGAAGAGUUGUAG